UCUGCCCGCGUUUUGAUGCCCCAGUUGUCGACAUUACAGUCGUGGAGGGUAAAACCGCUAUAUUGCCAUGUUCGGUUGAGUAUCUUGGAGAAUAUAAGGUCCUUUGGUUGGAUAAAUUUUCAACAUUAUUGACUCUUCAAGAAAAGCGAGUCAUUGAUGACGAGAGAAUGGAAAUUGAUAGACCUUAUAUCUCAGAUUGGAAUCUAUUAAUUCGAGAUGUCAAAGUAGAAGAUAGCGGGUGCUAUACUUGUAAGACCAACACAUUUCCGGUUAGAAUUAAGUUCGUGGAGCUUAAAGUUUUAGUCCCUUCACAAAUUCUAAACAAAAAUGAAAUCGGGAAAAAGAAAGAGAUCUUAACAAAAGAAGGAGAGACUGUCAACAUAACCUGCAUCGUCUCGGGAAUUCCCACGCCGAGAGUGAAGUGGUACAGGCGCCCUCUAAAAGACACAGUGGAAGGUAUAGUAAAUGUAACAUCAGAGAUAAAACGACAGGGAAGCGGAGAAAGAGAUUCAUGCAUUUACACGGUGGAGAAACCACAUAUUGGGAUGGAGGGUGAAAUCCUGGUGAUACAUAACGUCAGUCGUUACUGUAACGGAAUCUACCAGUGCGUGGCCUCCAAUGAUGUACCUCCAGCCGCAGAAAUGGACACCGCCGUUCUUGUAGAAUACUCUUGCGCUUUCGGUUUCAUCGAAAGAUGGUACGCUCUCGCUGCGUUGUAAAAUGUUUGAAUCGUGACGAUAUGAAAGGAAAGCAGAAGAGUGUACGUUUAUCAAGUAAGCGUUUCAAAUAUCUUUUGAAAUUUUCUAAAACCCUGCUUGAAUUAUAAUAUUUCCUUGUAAACGUAGAAACAUUCAAUAGGAAUAUAUUAAGUAUAUAUUGUUUUAUAUGAUUUUCAUAUUUAUUAUACCACACAAAGAAUUUUACAAAUGUACCUUUUCAUGAGGCGAGAGUAAAUAAUAUUAACAAAGUUAACAGUUAUUUAGUUUAUUUUAUGUAAAACAUACAUACAACUGUGUAUGAACUGCAUAUUAUACCAUCUACUUGUUAUACCUUUAUUAAAAAUUUGUUUCUAAAAAAAUCUAUAUAAAAAAGUCUAACAUUUCUUAUGUAACAGAGACAAUGUUUUGCCUCUGCUGGCGAUUGAACCCGGGGCCUUUGGCUUUCCAGUCCAGUGCUCUACCAAUUGAGCUAAAAGGUUAACCCACGAGUCCAAGCUAGUAGGAUGCUGUUUAUCUAAUACUACCACAUUGUCCCCCUCCAGAGAAUGAGAUGUCCUCAUCUCUAUCGGAGUGCCGACGUCUGUGGGGCGAAGUUCUGGAGGCAGUCACUCUCACCUGCCAAAGAACACCUAGGUCCCAACGUGUACGCAAAAUAUAACAGAGACAAUUGAAUAAAGAAAAAAAUGCAGAAAUGAUUAUCCCCAAAGAGCACCAAUAAUUGAAAUUGGCGUCGGUCAGUCAGCCGUGCGCCGACGUACUAAAGGAAGGAAUUGUAUGGAUGUGUGGUUCAAAUUGAAAAAAAAAAUUUGACCAACAGUGAUUUGCCAGGAAACAAGUAUACAACAUCUUCAACAAGAAGCUGCAACGUCUGUCUUUCCUGCAUUUUGAGUUGUUAGGGAGGGGCUCUAUUGAUUAUAUAGUAAAAAAGCAUUAAUGUUUUUUUCAAAAUCUUAUCCUCUGCUCCUAGGUAUCAAAUCAAUGAACCAUGUUCAUAAUUUUGAUGUGGAAGGGUGCUUCUUUCCAAUUUGUGAAUUUCAGGGUCCCUGGAUCAGGGGUUCUGGUUUUAGGGCAAGGCUUAAAUAAUUAUAUGGUGAACAAUCAUGAAUUCUUUGAAAAUCUUUUCCUUUGCUCCUGGUUAAUUUUAACAAUAAAAUGCUUUCGUUGCUCGUUAGUACGGAAAUGAAUGUUACAGCUGUUGCAGAAAAAUACACAACCUGCGUAAACGUUACUCUGAUCAACAUCUUUAUAUUGAGUAACCAAAGUAAGUAUGCUAUGCUCUUAUUCUAAUAAUUAUGCGAAAGCUCUUUAAAAAUUGUGAAUAUCAUGUCUUUAGGUCAAAACAAGAAGAACCAACUUCAUUAGCUGGAAAGUUGUUACACUA